GCGCGAAUUGUGUUGUUUUCGUUUGAAGAAAAUGCAAAAAAUCCUGUUAUUAAAUUAAUUAUUUAAACCAUUUAUAGUUUUUGUUCGCUCCAAAUAAUUACUUCUUUUUGUUUAUAAAUACAUAAUUACCAACAGUACUUAUUUUAUGCAAUGGCAAAGGCAGAAUCAACGGGUCAGAGCAUAGAAUGCUUGAACAUAGAUUUCAUGCGGUCUUUGGUGAAACAAUACUCAGAAUUGGGACAAUGGACCAGUGCAUUAUUCUGGGCUGAUGCAGCGGCAGCAGCGGGCAGUGGCAAUGGGUCUCCCAGUGGUGAUGAUAUCUGGCUGCUGGCCAGCGUCAUGCUCUCCCGAGGAGAACUGCACAGAGCUGCACAUGCGGUUACCUCGAGAGGAUUACACAGGAGGCAUCUCUUGUGUCUGGGGGUGGCAAUGCGAGCGUACCUCUCUGCACGUGAGCCGGCCACAGCUCUUACCAUGAUGGAGGAGUGCGACCCAGCGCUGCUCGAGCCACGGACAACCGAUCAGACUCACAAUAGGGCGCUAGCAGGAGUUCUAGUGUGGCAAGCACGUGCAUUAUGGGCUUUGGAGCGACGGGAGGCAGGCGCGGCGGCGCUGUGCGCUGCGCUGAGGGCGGACUGUGCGUGCUACGAGGCGCUGGAGCUGCUGCUGGAGCGGCACGCGCUCCCGCCCGCCCAGGAGACGGAGCUGAUAGAAUCGUUGUCGCUGUCGUCUCAGCUGAGCGGCCCCGAGGCGGCGCUGGUGCGAGCCGCGUACCGCGAGCGACUCAACAGAUACGCCGCGCCCGCGAUUGAGCCGUCGCCAGAACCCACCUGCCCGAUGGUGUCAGAAGUGGAAACCUGUCGCCUCCGCACCUCAGAGGCGGCAAUUUGCCGCGCGCGGCGGUUAGCCGCCGGCUGCGAGUGGGCCGCGGCCCUCAAGUUACUGGAUACUGUGGACCCCUGGUGCUGUGGCGAAGUCCGGGCCGCGUGCCUAGUGGAGUUAAAGAAAAGCUCGGAACUGUUCGCAUUCGCACAUACUCUGGUGGAUGCGUACCCUAACAGCUGGAUAUCUUGGUUCGCUGUUGGAUGCUACUAUUAUCUUAUUGGCAAGAACGAGUUCGCGCGUCGCUACCUGAGCAAGGCCAAAGGGCUGGAGGCGGGCGCGGGCUGCGCGUGGCUGGCCUACGGGCACUCCUUCGCCGCCGACUCCGAGCACGAUCAGGCCAUGGCCGCCUACUUCAAGGCAAGUCAAUUGAUGGGCGGCUGCCACCUGCCGCCGCUUUACGUUGGCGUAGAAUGCUCACUGCUCAACAACUCCGCUAUGUGUGAGCGUUUUCUAGCGCGCGCCGCCGCACUGCAUAGCAACGCCGAGGCGUCUCUAGACAAGAUGGUGGAGCGCUCCGACGGCAAGGCCCACUGGGCGCGCCUCGUGCCGCUGGCGCACGAGCCGCACGUGGCGCACGAGGCGGGCGCCGCCGCCUUCGCCGCGGGGGACUACUCCGCCGCCCACCAGCUGUUCCUGCGAGCCCUGCACGCGGCGCAGGGCGGCCGCGAGCCCGCGCAGCUAAGCAGCCGUUGGGCAGCGACUCUAGACGCGCUGGGGCACACGAGCCGGCGCCUGGGCCGCAUCGACGACGCCGUCAGCUGGCACGGACGCGCGCUGGCGCUCCGUCCUGCCCGCAGCGCCUCGCUGGCCAGCCUGGGGCUGGCGCUCGCGCUGCAAGGGCAGGAGAUAGACGCGUCGAGCGCGCUGCACGCAGCCCUGGCGAGAGACCCCGACAACGUGGUAGCAUUGGCUUUGUUGGAUGCUAUAGUCGACACGCUCUCUACAGAAAACUUAGAGGACGAGAUCCAGCAGUUCCCGUUCCCGGCGGUAAACAUAUCGCUGCCCGCGCCCGCCACGCCCGCGCCCGCGCCCGCAGACGCCACCAACACGUCCGAUAUGAGCAUGAGCUUCGACUAACGCAGGUUAUACUCCUCUUACUAUCAACGCGAGGCAGUUUGAAGUUUUAGGCCCGAAACCACAGAAUAAUAAGUACUACCAGGCCUGUUCAUCUCCGCGAGUUUACAUCGAAAACAAAACACGCACGAUG